AGUGUUUGUACUCUUACACUAGUCAGCCUGAAUCAGUGAAUCACCAAACAAUAAACUCAGAGACUGCACCAGGAUCAAUCAGAAAUGUCUCGAUUCACCUGGAUUUUCCUGAUUCUGUCGUCCUGCACAAUAAUUGGCAACGCCCUAGAGUGCUACGUCUGCGAGCAACAGGAGGACAAUACUAAAAAAUGCCUGGAAACAAUUGCUACCUGCGAGCACGAGCAGGACGCGUGUUUCACGGAGGUGAAAUGGGGCAGCACUCCCUACUGGUCUCCUGCUGCCAAGAAGCAGUACUACAUCUCGAAAAAGUGCAUGGCGAAAAAAGAAUGCGAAAAAAUCAGGAAGGCGAAUAUGCCUGAUUGCACUUAUCUGUGGUAUCAGGACUGGAAGUGCUCCGAGUGCUGUCAGGGGGAUCGAUGCAACUAUUACAUUUUCUCUGGAGCGAGUCAAUUCACUUCCUGGAGUGCUUUGACGUCGAUAGCAGUAAUUCCAAUACUCUGGAGCUGGAUAAAUGCUUGAUGAAGGAAACUUCGGGGCUUUUGUAAAAAUAACAAAAAUCUUUUCUGCAGAGAAUUAAAUUCUCCGAAGGAAAUUCAUCUGAGAUUUUUUACUAGCGCCACUCAUUAUAGAAAUAAUCGAGAAAUUAUGCCUUGAUGAGUGGAGAGUCAAUUAUUUAUGUGGGUAUUAUCUGUACUCCGUCCAAAAUAAUAUUGUUUUUUAUCAAUUGUUCGAACAACAAUCGAUCUCGAAUGUCCACUGCCUUCAUAGCAGACCAAUUAUUUCAAUUGAACUAUUGAAUUUUAUUUCUGUGUUAAUAUCUUACACAAAACUUUUUUGAAGUACAAUUUACAAUUGGAAAAAUCAUUUCCAAUUCUCCAAAUGUUAUUUUACUCUUGACCAUCGACAUUUACUUAGAGAUAAGACUCAUUAAAUUUUACUAUUUUAUAAUUAUUAAGGCUUAAUCGCACCUAGAGAUCUAGCAAUAAAAUCCGUCCAUAACAUAAUGAUAACGUGCCUUACAAAUUGUGAAUAAUCAUCUUGAUAAAAAUACAUAGACAUGUUGAAAUCGUUUAAUGAUUAAUCAACUAAAGCCGGGAAACCCGUCUUAUACACGUGGGAUUACCCUAACAGAAUUGUAAUGCAAUGGAAUCUGUAUUUGUACAAUAAACUUCAAUCAACUUUUUGUAUUGA